GCUGUCAAUGUUACCUUAAGUUUGGGCUUGGUUCUACGCAAAGUGGAUAUUAUAUUGAACGAAUUUAUAUAAUUUCUCCACUUUUCCAUUCGAUUUUCACAAUUUACGUGUUAAUUAAUAUUACAUUAGGGUUUAAAUAUCAUGCAUUACAAAUAUUAUAGCGGGUAAUUGGUGUACAAGUAGUGUAAAAUACGACUUUAGUAGUUAAGUGAUUUCAUCUCAAGAAUCAUGUCUGUUAGUGAAAAAGUGUCUCUUUCGGAUGCUUUAAGCAAUGUAGACGUCCUAGACGAACUUACUUUACCCGAUGAACAACCUUGUAUAGAAGCUGCCCCUUGUUCUAUACUCUAUCAAGCAAAUUUUGAUACCAACUUCGAAGACCGCAAUGGCUUUGUCACCGGAAUUGCUAAGUAUAUUGAAGAAGCCACCGUACAUGCUAAUUUGAAUGAACUUCUAGAAGAAGGGAAUGCUCAUGCUGUGAUGUUAUACACAUGGAGAUGUUGCAGUCGAGCAAUACCUCAGCCGAGGUCUAACGAACAACCAGAUAGAGUACACAUCUACGAGAGGACGGUACAAGUUCUAGGUCCUGAAGUUGAUAAACUACUGCAGUUUAUGUACUUUCAGCGUAAAGCGAUAGAGCGUUUCUGUGGCGAAGUCCGCAGACUAUGUCAUGCUGAGAAAAGACGUGAUUUCGUCUCGGAAGCGUAUUUAUUGACGCUUGGCAAGUUCGUGAACAUGUUCGCCGUGCUCGACGAACUUAAGAAUAUGAAGAGUUCGGUUAAAAAUGAUUAUUCUACUUAUAGACGAGCGGCUCAAUUUCUUAAAGUAAUGGCAGAUAGCCAAAGUUUACAGGAGUCUCAAAAUUUAUCAAUGUUUUUGGCGACACAGAAUAAAAUUAGAGACACGGUGAAAGAUGCACUUGAGAAAAUCAAUGGUUAUGAAGAUUUACUUGCAGAUGUUGUCAACAUUUGUGUUCAGAUGUACGAAACAAAAAUGUAUUUAACACCUUCAGAAAAACAUAUGUUGGUUAAGGUAAUGGGCUUUGGUCUAUUCUUGAUGGAUUCUGAAGUUUGUAAUAUUAACCGUCUUGAUCAGAAAAAGAAAAUACGCCUCGACAGAAUUGACAGGAUUUUUAAGAACCUGGAGGUAGUGCCUCUAUUUGGCGAUAUGCAAAUUGCACCAUUCAAUUACAUCAAGAGAUCGAAACAUUACGAUCCAAGCAAGUGGCCAUUAUCUUCAAGCCCCAAUCCACCAUCACCUCAAGCAGACCUGAUGGUCCACCUGCCUCAGAUCAGAGAAGAACACCAGAAUUACAUAUCUGAGCUCGCUAGAUACAGUAAUGAGGUGACGACAACUUUUAAAGAAGCAGGUUCAGAUGCUGAAAAUAAAGCGGUUACUGAACUUUGUUUACGAGGUCUCCAGUUGUUAUCCUCUUGGUGUUCAGUGUUAACUGAAUUAUGUUCUUGGAAACUGCUGCACCCAACUGAUCACACUAUCAACUCUAGAUGUCCAGCGGAGGCUGAAGAAUAUGAAAGGGCUACUCGUUAUAAUUAUACAUCUGAAGAGAAAUUUGCUAUGAUAGAAGUGAUAGCUAUGAUAAAAGGUCUUCAAGUGUUAAUGGCUCGUAUGGAGACUGUGUUCGCUGAUGCAGCCAGACGCUCGAUAUACGCAGAGUUGCAGGAUUUCGUACAGUUAUUACUAAGGGAGCCACUAAGGAAGGCGAUUAAGAACAAGAAGGAUCUGAUACGAAGUAUAAUAGUGUCUGUGCGCGAGACAUGCGGCGACUGGGCGCGCGGCUGCGAGCCGCAGCAGGACCCGGCGCUGCGCGGCAAGAAGGACGCCGACGCCAGCUUCACUAUUAAAGUUCCCAGGAGGAAUGUUGGACCAUCAUCGACACAAUUAUAUAUGGUUAGAACACAACUGGAAGCUUUGAUAUCUGAUAAAUCUGGCGGUAGAAGGACAUUAAGGAAGGAUCUAGAUGCCACCACUUUGACACAAAUCGAAACAUUUCACCGUCAGAGUUUCUAUUGGGGGUAUUUGUUAAAUCUGUCAGAUUCCUUACAAAAGUGUUGCGAUCUCUCUCAGUUGUGGUACAGAGAGUUUUAUUUGGAAAUGACAAUGGGUAGGAAAGUAAAUAAAUGUACGGUACGUCAUCAGCAUAACGAGGAAUGUAACGAUUUGGUAACAAUGGAGAAAAGAAUUCAGUUUCCCAUAGAAAUGUCUAUGCCUUGGAUAUUGACUGACCAUAUUCUGCGAAGUAAAGAACCAGCUAUGAUGGAAUAUGUACUAUACCCGUUGGAUUUAUACAAUGAUUCCGCUCAAUAUGCGUUAACUGUGUUCAAAAAACAAUUUCUCUACGACGAAGUAGAGGCUGAAGUUAAUUUGUGCUUCGAUCAGUUCGUUUACAAACUGUCUGAACAAGUCUACGCUCAUUACAAACAACUGGCUUCCAGUAUGUUACUGGACAAGCGGUACCGCGCGGAGUGCGCGGCGCGCGGCGCCAGCACUGGCGGCGGCGCUGGCAGGUACGCCUCGCUGCUGCGCCAGCGCCACGUCGCGCUGCUCGGCAGGCACGUCGACCUCAACGCGCUGGUGGCUCAACGUAUCAAUGCGGACAUGCACCGCGCAUUAGACGCGGCUGUCGCGAAGUUUGAAGCAGGUGAUAUCACCGGAGUUGUGGAAUUAGAAGGUUUGAUAUCGGUAAAUCGUUUAUGUCACAAACUUCUAAGUCGGUAUCUGACUCUGGACGAGUUCGAAGCGAUCUUACGCGAAUCGGACCACGGAGUGCUCGCUCCGUACGGCAGGAUUACUUUGCACGUAUUCUGGGAACUUAAUUACGAUUUCCUGCCUAAUUAUUGCUAUAAUGCUGCGACUGACAGGUUUGUAAAAUGUCGUGGGAUUCAAUUCGUGGCGGGAGUUCAACGCGAACGGCCGCAGCAGUACGGACAUGCGUUGUUGUGGGGAUCUAAGCAGUUAGGAUUCCCUUAUGCCGCACAAUACGCGCAAUACGCAGGAUUCGUUGGAGCACAACAUCUUCACGCCCUAGUCCGGUUAUUGGGUUACCAGGGUGUGGCAGUAGUGGUAGGGGAACUAUUAGGCGUUGCCCGAGGCCUUUUACAUGGAACACUCGCUCAGUUCACCAGAGCGCUAGCGGCCGCUAUGCCCCGCCACUGCAAGCUGCCGAGAUACGAUUACGGAUCUAAUGGUGUUCUGGGUUACUAUCACGCUCAACUGACUGAUAUAAUCCAGUAUCCCGAUGCUCGUACGGAAUUAUUCCAUUCGUUUAGAGAACUCGGGAAUAUUAUUCUAUUCUGUAUGCUUAUUGAACAGGCUUUGAGUCAAGAAGAAGUGACAGAUUUACUCCACGCUGCGCCAUUCCAGAAUAUUCUGCCUCGGCCGUUCGCUGCAGAGGGAGAGAAACCUGAGGUAAAACAGAAACGCCUAGAAUCAAAAUAUUCAGCGCUGCAGAUUGUCCAGAACGUGGAUAAAUACGGUACUGCCAAGCAAAGUCAACUAGCCCGCGAAGGAGACUUAUUAACCAGAGAGCGAUUGUGCUGCGGCCUUUCUCUAUUCUCUGUGGUACUGCGCCGUUUGCGGGCGUGCCUCACCGCGCCGCAGUGGCCGAGCCCGCCGGCAGCGCCGCAGCACGCGCCUCUACACACUGAUGAUACUAGCGAGUUCCACAGACUGUGGUCCGCUCUGCAGUUCUUGUAUUGCAUCCCAGUUGGAGAUACGCAGUUUACUGUCGAGGAGUUAUUCGGCGAAGGUCUUCACUGGGCGGGAUGCACCAUCAUCGCACUUUUGGGUCAGCAGAGACGUUUCGAGGCUCUCGACUUCUGCUACCACAUCCUGAGAGUCCAAAGAGUUGAUGGGAAAGAUGAACUGGUUAAGGGAAUUCCACUGAAACGCAUGGUGGACCGCAUCAGACGUUUCCAGGUCCUUAACUCCCAGAUCUUCGGAGUCCUCGCGCGUCAUCUGGUCGCUGAUGAGGAGCGCGCUGGAGUAGAGCAUAUACGAUGCUUCCCUCCACCAGCUGCUUCACAUCAUCAUGUUGAAUAAACUAAACUAACAUCAACACUCAAUUUACAUCAAUACUAAACUAACACAACUCAAAUAUGAUGAAAUUAAAACUAUCAUCAACUCAAUUCCGAUUCACAUAGACUAAACUAAAAUAACAUCACCACUCAAUAUAUAAUACUAAACUGACACAACUAAAAUGUGAUGAAAUUAAAACUAUCAUAAUCUCAAUUCCGAUUCACAUCAUCACAUCGACUAAACUAAACUAACAUCAACACUCAAUAUAUAUCAAUACUAAACUAACACAACUCAAAUAUAAUUAUAUUAAAAGUAUCAUAAUCUCAAUUCCGCUUAACAUAAUCACGUCGACUAAACAAACAUAAUUCAGUGAAUUUAUGAUAGUUUAGUUCAGUUUAGUAUCAUGAUAGUUAUCACGUCUUCUCAACAUUUAUGAAAUCAUCAACACUAAGUAAACUAAAUUAACACGAUAACUCGACUAACUUUAACUCAACUAUCACGUUAACUCAACAAUCAACAAAUCGUUUAUCAUCUUAACUCAACAAUUACGAAAAUAAAACUAUGAUCAUUUCAAUUAUCACGAAGAUAAAACUGGAAUCACCUCAAUGAUUAUGUCAAUUCAACAAUCACGAAAAUAAAACUACCACCAAGUCAACUAUCAUCUCAACUAAAUAAUGACGUAAAACUAUCUGAUGUGAUAUCAUCAUUUCAACUCAAAUAUUAAAAUUCAACUUUCAUUAUAAUUCUGUCUAAAAUAAAUACCAUUUUAUUAAUAUCUCUUGUCUAAAUAAGAUAGAUUAGUUUGAUAAAUGACGCAUGAAGUAUCGAAUUCAAUUUGUAUGAAGUCUAACGUAAAUAGACAGGUGUAGUGACGAAACACGCAGCGAACAAUUAUGAACUAUCGAUAUUCGGUUUAAAUAAUUAUCGAACUCAACUAAAAUUA